AUGGCCAGGGGCCCUGACAGUAUGCCACAGUGGGCAAUCCUGGUAGUGCUGACCACCAUGGGCACAGCUGCGACAGCGGCCACCAACCCUGGCCUCCUGACCAGGAUCUCCCAGAAGGGCCUGGACUACGCCUGCCAGAAGGGAGUAGCCAUGCUACAGAAGGAGCUGGAAAAGAUCAAGAUUCCUGACUUCUCUGGAAACUUUAAGAUCCAACACUUGGGGAAAGGGUAUUACAGCUUCUACAGCAUGACCAUCCUCGGAUUCCAGCUUCCCAGUCCCCAGAUAAGACUGGAGCCCCAGGUGGGCCUCAGACUSUCCAUCAGCAAAGCCAAUGUGAAGAUCAGUGGGAAGUGGAAGGGAAAAAAGAAUUUCUUCUCAGCCAGUGGYAAGUUUGACCUGAGCAUAGAAGGCGUCUCCAUUUCGGCUUUUCUGAACCUGGGCAGUGACCCCACCUCCGGCCACAUCACGGUGGCCUGCUCCAGCUGUGGCAGCCACAUCAGCAACACCCGCCUGCGCAUCUGGGGCAGCACCGUGGGGUGGCUGAUUCAACUCUUCCAUAAGAAAAUCGAGUCGUCUCUUCGAAACACCUUGAACAGCAAGAUCUGCAAGUUUGUGGCCAAUUCUGUGUCCACCAAGCUGCAAGCUUAUGUCAAGAAUUUUCCAGUGACCACCCAAAUAGAUGCUGUGGCUGGGAUCGACUACCGUCUGGUGGCACCUCCGAUAACCACAGCUGAGAACCUGGAUGGGCAGCUGAAGGGGGAGUUUUUCAGCCAGGCACACCGCAGCCCACCUCCCUUCACCCCGCCGGCAAUGGCAUUCCCCGAAGACCACGACCGCAUGGUGUACCUGGGCAUCUCCGACUACUUCUUCAAUACGGCCGGGCUUGUGUACCAAGAAGCUGGAGCCCUGAAGCUCACCCUCCAGGACCACAUGAUGCCCAAUGGAUCCAAAUUCCUACUGACAACCAAGUCCCUUGGAAACGUCCUUCCUCAGGUGGCCAAGAUGUUCCCCAACAUGAAGGUGCAGCUCCAGGUCUCUGUCUCGACCCCACCACAGCUGAACACGCAGCCCACAGGCCUUACCCUCACCCCGAAGCUGGAGGUCCAGGCCUUUGUGGUCCUCCCCAACUCCUCCCUGGUCCCCCUCUUCCUGCUCAGCAUGACGGCGAGUGCUGCGUUGGAGGUCGGUGCCAGGUCCAACAGGCUUGUUGGAGAGCUGCAGGUGGACAGGCUGAUUCUGAAACUGAAGCGCUCCAACAUCGGCCCCUUCCAGGUGGAGUUGCUGCAGACUGUCAUGGACUACGUAGUACACACUGUGCUGCUGCCCAGGGUCAACGAGAAGCUGAAGACAGCCUUCCCCCUCCCCAUGCCUGCCCGGGUCCAGCUCUACAACCUGCUGCUUCAGUCCCACCAGAAUUUCCUGCAGUUCGGAGCCGACGUUAACCUUGUGUGA